AUGGCGGCUGAGGGCACGUGUCCACCGUCUUUGGAUAUAGUAACAGUUUUGUAUGUGGAGUGGACGGGAAUUGUUAGGAACCUGAGGAAGAGCCUCAGUGUCGAGUACAAGACCCCUAAGAUGCUCAUGGGCACCUAUGGCAGUCACCACUCACUCUCAGACACUGGAGGGCCUGGAGGUGAGGUUCCUGUGACCCUGGCUCUGCCCAUUGACAGCUCCAUUUCAGGGCAGCAGGUGAGGACCCUCUUCCUCCUGGGCGCCUCAGACAGCACGGAUGAGAUGGCCGCCACGGCCCAGGAGAGCCAGGAGCACCGAGACAUCAUCCAGAAGGACUUCAAGGACGUCUACUACAACUUGACCCUGAAGACCAUGAUGGGCAUGGAGUGGGUCCACCACUUUUGUCCUCAGGCGACUUUUGUCAUGAAAACUGACUCCGACAUGUUUGUCAAUGUUGGCUAUCUGACGGAGCUGCUGCUAAGGAAAAACAAAACAACCAGAUUCUUCACAGGCUUCUUAAUGAUCAACUAUGUUGCCAUUAGGUCAAAGUUCAGCAAGUGGUUUGUAAGUAAGUUUGAAUAUCCAUGGGACAGGUACCCACCUUUCUGCUCAGGCACUGGCUACGUCUUGUCCACUGACGUAGCAAAGGAGGUUUACAGGGUCUCAGAAAGCAUUCCAUUCCUCAAGUUAGAGGAUGUGUUUGUGGGACUCUGCCUGGCCAAGCUGAAGAUCAGACCCGAGAAGCUCCACUCCAAGCAGACCUUCUUCCCAGGUGGCUUACGUUUCUCCGUGUGUCGUUUUCAGAAAAUCGUGACCUGCCAUUAUGUCACGCCCCACAACCUACUCAACUACUGGCAGGCACUGGAGAGUAACCAGGAAGAAGACUGUGCGGCUGUCUGA